AGCAGCAGUGGCAGAGAUUGCUACCUGCUGAGCCGGCUGGUUGGGGAGCAGGGCCACGUCACUGGGAUAGACAUGACCGAGGGCCAGGUCGACGUGGCGAAAAAACACAUUGCCUACCACAUGGACAGAUUCGGCUACCGAAAGCCGAACAUGGAGUUCCACCAGGGCUACAUGGAGAAGAUGGGUGACAUUGGUCUGGCUGAUGAGAGCUACGAUAUUGUCCUCUCCAACUGUGUGAUCAACCUUGCCCCUGACAAGAGGGCCGUGUUGCGGGACGCGUACUGCGUGCUGAAGCCCGGUGGAGAGAUGUGCUUCAGUGAUGUCUACCCCAGCCAGUGCCUGAGCAAGGCUGUUUGGAAGCACAGGGUGCUGUGGGACGCUGUCUGUGAUCUCAUGCUAGGGGAGUGCCUGGCAGGAGCCCUGUACUGGAGAGACUUGUACAGCAUCGCCGAGGAGGUGGGCUUCAGCUCCCCAUGCCUGGUCACAGCCAGCCCCAUCACCAUUGGUGACAAAGAGCUGGAGGGCAUCGUCGGUGACUGUCGCUUCGUCUCUGUGACUUUCCGCCUGUUCAAGGUGCCGGGGAGCAGCCGGGCCACGCCAGGACAGGUCUUCUACAACGGUGGGAUUGCAGGGCAUGAACGAGAGCUGGUGUUUGAUGCCAGCUUCACCUUCAAGGAAGGAGAGGUGGUGGACAUGGAUGCCAAGAUGGCUGCGAUCUUGCAGAGCUCCAGGUUUGCAGAGAAGUUCCCAAUCUGACCUGGUGGGGCCAAUGCUGCUGCACCACAGGGCUGCUGUUGCAUGGGCAUGAAGGAGAAGAUCUGUGAUCCCUUCCAGCUGCUGGAGUGGCUGGCGGCCCCGAGUCCUGCCUGCUGUCCCGGUGGCAGCUGUGGUCCCCUGGGCUGCUGCUGA